CCGAAGUUUAAACAUACUGGAGUCCACAUAAAAUAAAUAACUAAAUAGAAGAUCGUGCUAUUUAUAAUUAAAAUCACCUAUAUGAGGGAAAAAACGAAGAGCGAAGAUCUGAAUAGGCCUAUACAGACGUUAAUCUGUAUAAUUCAGUUUGUUUUGGAUAAUGGAAAAGUAGAGUUACAAAGAAAAAGCCUGCUCUUUUUGGUGGUGGUCAGAUGCUCUGUAAUAUUAUUUUAGUAACAAAGCAGCUUUAUUUUUGUAAGUCUGUUAGAAAAAACUAGUAUCGCUGUGAUAUUAAAUCAGUAGUUUAGAGACUCAGUGCAGUGGGUCCGGUUCCUAUCGCACAGACCAGCAGACACGGAUCCUCGUCAUCCUGCUUUAAAGAAAGGAUGAAGCGGGAGGACCUCGCACGCUGCCUGUCCGGGAGCUGCCCGGCCGUACGUUUGUAAAACCACGGCCGGGCCUUCACUUGCAGCCCGGGCCGUGUCCCCUGGGGCCGCGUCCCGCACCGCCCCGGCUGCCGGGCCGCAGAACGACAUGUCGCGGCGGAGCUGCCGCUCGCCCUUCUGCCCACCCCCGUGUCCCCCAGCGCCUCUCGCCGCUCUCUCCCCGGCUCCCCUUCGAGCUCCUCCUUCUCCUCCUUCCCCUCCCCGGGCUCCUCCGGCGGCUCCGGGCCGAGCCGCGCCUGCCCCCGCCCCUGCCGGCAGCCGGGGCCGCCCUCCCGCGGCUGCGAGCUCCGGCACAAGAUGGCGGCGGCCGCUCGCUGGGCCCUGCUGGGCCUGGCGCUGUGGCUCUGCGCGGCCGCCCGGGCCGGCGAGCCGGAGGGGAAGCGUCGGGCCGGGCCGGCCAAGAAGAAGGAUAUUCGGGACUACAACGAUGCGGACAUGGCCCGGCUGCUGGAGCAGUGGGAGAAAGAUGAUGACAUCGAAGAGGGUGAUCUUCCCGAACACAAGAGGCCUCCAGCACCAAUAGAUUUCUCAAAAAUUGAUCCAGGCAAGCCUGAAAGUAUCCUGAAACUGACGAAAAAGGGGAAGACUCUGAUGAUGUUUGUCACCGUGUCAGGAAAUCCCACAGAAAAGGAGACAGAAGAAAUUACCAGCUUGUGGCAGGGCAGUCUCUUCAAUGCAAACUAUGAUGUACAAAGGUUUAUUGUUGGCUCAAAUCGUGCAAUCUUUAUGCUGCGUGACGGUGGUUAUGCCUGGGAGAUCAAAGACUUUCUGAUAAGUCAAGAAAGGUGUGCGGAUGUUACUCUGGAAGGCCAGGUUUAUCCUGGCAAAGGAGCAGAUGAAAGUGAGAAAGGAAAAAACAAAACAAAACCUGAAAAAGCAAAGAAGAAAAAAGAUGCAGACAAGAAAUCUAAAAGCAGCAAAGAGGACAACCGAGCAACCAAGCAGAGAGAUGAUCUAUGACGGUCGCAUUAACCAGACUGAAUACUGCUCUGCUGUUCCUUGAAGGGAAACUGAAGUUUCUGUACAAUUUCUGGCUUUACUUGGGGGGAAGGAAGGAAGCAGACAUUACUGAGGUUGAAAGACUUGUAUGUUGAAAUACACCAGUUUACUUAUUAAUGUUGGCCAUUUGUUUAGUUACAGGAAAGGUAAUGUUUAAUACCAGCGACUGACUAGUUUGUAAUUCUUCAUGCUUUUGUUGUUCAAAGUUAACAUGAAAAUCUCUGUGUCUGACAUUACAAACUUAAGUGGAAGGGAAGAAAUACAGUCUCAGAAUACACCUGUGUUUACCUGUAGUAGCUGCUGUGUGUCAUGGGUAUGCAAAUUGGUCAUUCAUUCAUUGUUGCUCUUAGGUAGCAGAGUUCAUUUCUAAAAGAUUCUUUAGGAAGCCAGUUUGCCAGACUAAGUUUGCAAAACUGGCUGAAAUUGCAAAGAACAGUGUUACAGUGGCCAAAGGUGCCUGAAAUUACAGGGUUUAGGACAUGUCUGACUAGACUGUCUUUUUUUAAAAUAAACAAAAACUCUUCUGUCCAUACCAAAAAUCCACAGAAGCGCUUAAAAGCAUUAUAGAAGGUAGGCAGAUGCUCAACAAAUGCACUCCAAAUCAGUACAGAAAAGAGAUUCCAUACCUAUCAGAAUUGAUGCUGUUGAGGUUAAUGGAAUUACAACGCCAACAGGAACGGUGUCAGGGUGAAAGGAAAAGUCAGAUUCAUGGCAUUCAAGUUGCUACUGCUGCCAAAGAACUGUGACCGCCAAUGCAAAUGCUAUGUAUGCCCCAUUAUCUUGACAGUGAGUGAGAAGAUACAACUUUAACUCAAAUUAAUUUGUUUUGCUAAGAGUUUGCUUAAAUCUUUAAAAAAAAAAAAACACUAGUUACAAUAGAGAGGUAUACUUGAAGUAGACGUAUCGCUUAAUGAUGCCUAAUAACCAGAUUAUGGUGAUUUUUUUUUUUGAUUUUUUUUGGUAGAUUCCUGAGGGACAUUGUUGACUGUAAAUGAAUAUUGAUUUAAGUACUAUGAAGAUUGAUAUUUGGGAGCAAGUCAGAUUUUUCCUUGAAAGACUUUAUGUAAUUAGGAAGGUGUAUUCAGUUGAAUGCAUGGCUUAGAGUUGCAUUUCCUUUAUCCCUUACUAAGGACUAAAUGCACCGAGUUUUUUUUGUCCACAUUGUUUAUCGUUUUCCAGAGGAUUAGCACAGUAUUAAUUGUCUUCAUUCAAUAGUACUAAGAUAAUGUUGCUUUGACUUUUUUUCAAGGUGCUAAUAUCCAAGUGUUUUGGAUGAAAGGUCCUAAUUGAACCAUAAUGGUUGAUUUUGUGGAAUACUUCAAUAUCAAAAGUGGGAAACUGUGACUUAUUGAGUGCUUGUUCCGAAAUAAAUUAUGUGGCUAAACCUACUGUUUCACUGAGUAGUAAAACCUUUUAAAUAAUAAUACAUUUAGAUAGAUAUCUGGGGAGAAACUAGCCUGUCUUUGGUUUCUGUAAUUACUUGUAAGGACUGAAUGAUGUUGAUGGGAGUUCCAGGUGAUCAUUUUUAUUUACUUUCAAUGGCAUUUGUAUUGAGUAUUAAAUAAACCUUUCCUACCACACUUCACUGAAGAAUCGUUGGAGUGGAAAACUGAAAAUCAUGUAUUUCUUCAGGUUUAACUUUUAUAUACUACUGUUAAUCCAAAAACGUAGAGGAGUUGAGAUAAGCCUCUGUAGAUACUUGGAUAUUGCACUGGGGAGAGAUGUGUAGUCCAUUUCUUGUUCAUAAUUAACUGAUCAUUUUGUAAUUUUUUCUGGUUUUGUACCUCCCUUUUUUUAAAGAAUAUUGCUUCUCAAAAGAUGAACAUAGUUCAAAUGAAACUAAAUAUGACAUUGACCAUGUUUUUGUCUUUUUACAACAUAAAUCUGUAAUAUAGAGAUGACAAAUCAGAUUACCAUCAGAAAUGUGUGGAAAUGUUCUGUCGUUUUCCUAAUGUUACGAAGCAUAAGCAUAUGACUUAUUUUUUGAUUAAACUGUUUUUUUUUUUCCUGAGCUGAAUAAUUAAGCAAUGCAAAAUAGUAUAUGGAUAAUAUAAAAUCAAAUAUGCUAAGGAGGAGGGACAAAUACUACCCUACAACUCUAGCCCAACUUUUGAGAAUAGAUGCUUGUUUUAAUCAUUCAUAAAUCAGUGUUUACAGUAGACUGGGUCUCUUCCCCUUCAAGUUAAAAGAACUGGGAGAGACCAGCUUUGAAAUUCGGCCAGCCAGUUGGCCAGUUAUUUGUUUUUGAGUGAUUAGUUUGAAUUUGCUAAAUGUAGGCAUGUUUUGUACCACAUAGCUCACUUUAAAUGCUUUUUUUGUUUGUUUCUGUCUUUGUUUUUCAAAGAUUUUGCUAGGUAUUCUGGUGUUUGACUCGUGUUUUUUUUUUUUUUUUUCUCGUAUACAAAAAAAAUGCCUUCAGGUAGACUUUGUCUUGCAUUUUCCUUCUCUUUUCUCCCCCUGUCCUCUACCACCCAUGCUUUAUACCCAACAAAUGAAUAAAUAUGCUAUUAAGUG